AUGUAUAAUAACAUGGAGCUCAAGGAAGAUCCUGUGAUGGAUAGAAAGGAUGGGAAAUGGAAACAACAAUGCUUCAACACAAUCUCUGAUCUUAUCCCUCACGACAUAAGAGAAGAUACCAACACCUGA